AUGGCCUUGGGUUUGGCAGACCUCUUGUUUCUGGUCGUUUUGGGGUGUCUCGCGGCGGUGAUCGUGGGGAUGGGGCCCGUGCAGGGCGGCAUGAAGUCCUUCAUGGUGCUGGGUCGCUGGGCCCAUGUCACCGACUCCCUGGGCGACAAGGCCAAUCAGCUCCCGGUGCGCCGAGCUCUGAUGGUGCUAGCGGCCCUCUUUGCCAUCGGAGGCUACGUGGCCAUCUUCCUGGCCCGACAGAGUGUGACCAAUGGCCAGACCGGUGGGGACUUCCGGAUCUUGGUGCUGGUCCUCAUCGGCCUGGCCCGCUUUGGGAAGACGCCGGCCAUCGGGCGAGCACGGAAGCGCCUCAGGAUGGCCAUCGGGGUGCUUCGUGGCCAGGGGAAAGACGGGCGCCUUACGCAAGAGGAGCUCUCCUUGUUGGUCCUCGGCCUGCACUUGGCCGUCAUCGACAACUCCGCCAAGCUGCAGGAGCUCGUGGCCAAGAAGGUGCAGAUCUUGGUGAGCAAUCGCCACACAGACCCAGAUUUCAAGGAGGGCCUCACAAGGGAGAAGUUCCCUCGCAUGGCUGUGCACGGGGCCGCGGAGCUGGUGUUCCCAUCGGUGCAUGAGGAAAGCUCAGGCUCAGAGCCAGCGAUCUCAUGCACCGAUGGGAACACCAGCUCCGCGGCCCCGUGCACAGAGAAGAGGCGCACGCGAGUGUGGUCCCCCGAAGAAAUCCGAGCCGUCCAAGAGCACAUGAAGAACACCCAGGCCGGCGCCUUUGACGAGACGAAGGGCCUGGACAGGACGGAGCGCGUGCCUGCGACCCCCAAGCUGCUGGAGUCGGCGGCAGUCACUGCGACCUUCCGGCGGGUGGAGGCGUCUAUGGCGCUGAAGGAGCCAGUGCGCACUGUGCGCAAGCGGAGCCCAGUGAGCUUCCGGAUGCCGAAAGCGAGUUGCCCUCCUGUACUGCUGGCUCCCGAGAUCACCAGGGAGGACCACCCGCCAUUUCCAAGGCUUCUGACAACACACAGGAAAACGAGGGCUUCGUCUUCCUGUGUGUCGUGA